AUGUAUCCGCCCUCCGGUAUUCCGCAGUGGCCUCCGCAACGGGCAACAAGCCCUUUCGCCGCUGCGCCUGCUGGAAAUGUCGGGGUCAACUUGAGUGAUGAAUUGGCGACAAAGGUGGCAGAAGUCACCAUAUUGCGUAGCCGGCUGCAAGCAUCCGAGCGCGAGAAUACUCGCUUGGAGAAUGAGCUGGCCUCUGCAAAGGAUUCUGGCCCCUCCAAGCAGUCGCAGCAGCGCCAAGAACUGGAGCGAAUCCAUGGCGAGCUGCAAUACGCCCGUCAGGACUUAAUCUCUUCGGAGGACGAGCGAAAACGCUUGAGACUCACGGUGCAAAAGAUGCAGCAGGAAAUGGAAGAACUUAAAGCACGGGCUCCUGUCGAGGAACCUGCCAAGGACCAGAUUCGCCAUGCAGAGCCCAAGCCUGCACCACAGCCACAGCCCCGGCUUGAGUCGGGAGGGGAGGAGCAGGAACCAAGGAACCGCUCCAUACGAGAACAUCGCAGCUGCGACGAGCCCAUGAAUGAGGACAUGAGCAAGCAACAUGUCGGGAUUCUCGUUGGCCUUGCUGAGCGUUUCGGCAGCUGUGAGAGGCAGCGCCUCGCGUUGCAAGCUGCAGUCACGAGCUUCCCCCAAGCUCCCCAAUCUGUACACGAGGCAUCUUGCGCAGCAGCGGCAUUGUUGCUGGGAGGGCUCGAAGAUUUCCAGUGGGCUUCUCUGAGUGCCGGAGCGACUUUCUUGAAGCACUGGUUCGGACUCUUCCCUCUACACCUGCCAGAAAUCGCCGAGAGAAUCGUCAAAGGCAGGAAGGCGACCAACUCCCUCUUCUCUGCCAUGGCUGCAGUCUUCCAUUCAGCCGUUCUUGACGCGACAAACUCUGAUGAAGAGGAGGCCUUGUUGCGGGAAGGUUGCGCCCGCGAAUUUCUUGCAGCUCUCUUGGAGGCUGCCAGCAAACUCCCUGGAAACUUGUUUGCAGUGCUGUCACCAGUGCUGGAGAAGCCUUCGCUUUUCGCCUUGAUCUGCGAAGAUCCAGCACCUGACAGCCUUCAUUUGCCCAGCUUGCGGCUACUGGAAGUGCUGAUGGCAAGCCCGAGUCUGUUUACUCUCGCCCAUCAGGCAGAAACGGACGAGAACGUCCUCCUAGCAGUGGCCAACGUCUUGAUGAUUCCAUCAGUGAAGACUGCAGAGUCUGCAGAGUCUGUGGCAGAGGACAGCGUGGAGCGCCAGGAAUGCCGGGUAGCGAGCCUGGAACUGCUGCAGCGCUGCCUGGCAACGGCACCGAGCCCGGACUUCAUUUUGCAGCUGCGCGGGGCGGCAGAAGGUGAGGAAGUGGACGAGGUGGACACGGUCUUGCAGCGUGUGGUGCUCCUCUGCCACCACGAGCUGCUCUGCCUGCGCCUGGGAGCCCGGGCGCCAGCGCCACAGCGGAAGCGAGCGGCUGAGCUGUCCCUCUUCAUACUUUCUGGAUGGCUCUGGCACGCGUUUGGACCUGCACUGAGCUCUCAAGAGCAGACGGGUGAGCUUUCCUUGAAGCUGUGCAAUCAGCUGGGGAGAACAAGAAUACUUAUUGAAUCCAUCAUCGAGAUGGUCCAGGUGCUGAGUUCUCAGACGUGCUUCAAGGCAUUCCUCAGCAGUGCCUCGGCUUUGCGGAUGCUUCUCCCUUUCACGGAUGGCGACCGUCAAGCCUCUAGUGAGAUCUCCAGGUACUGGCCGAACGCGCCUCGGCCGAAGCCCAAUGACCUGCCGGACCCAGCGCGACCACCUCAGGUGCCGCCGGGCCCCGCCACUCCGGCGAGGGCGAAGGCGCGAGCGCUGGAGCCGCAAGGUGCGCAAGAAGCAGAGGAGACUUUGCACGUCUCCCACGAAGAGCAGGAAGUCUUAGCACGCUUCGCUCGGAGCGAAGAACUGAAAUCCCUGCGCAGACAGCUCCGCCAGGACAUGAAGGCUCUGGAGAACUUCUUGGAGGAGAUGCAAACGAAGGAUCCGCUGCUGAUGAGGAUCAUCGCCACCAACAAGCAGGCGUUCAUGAAAAUGGCUCUCAGUGGUCUUGCUGAAGAGGCACGGGCGGAGACAAAGCUGGAAAAGGAGGAGACUUCACAAUCGGAAGCCUCCGAGUUUCGAGCUGUCGUCAAGCAGAAGGAGGCGAAGAAGCAGCUGCGAACACAGCGCGCCCUUCUGCCAACCACGUCUAGCUCCCACACGCUGGCCUUGCUUCACAGCCCCUAUAGCUGCGCGGUAUGCAAGGCGACAUCAGCCACGCACGAGCUCUUCCUGUGCAGCUCCUGCCAGAGCGUCCGGUUCUGCAGCCGUGAGUGCCAGAGGAAGUUCUGGCCCAGGCACCAGACUGUUUGCCGCUUCAUAGCAUCUGUCCGGGGCGGCCUGCUGAAACAGGUCUCUGGACAGCGCUGGAUGCAGGAUGCACUGCCACAAGUCGUUGACGUUUGGACUCGAUCGAGGAGUCAGCUGCCUCAGCCGUGGGAGUUGGAGCAGCUCGUGCACUUGCCGCGCUGCCGGGUCUGCAGAACCGUGCCGGCAACGCUGGUCUGCCCAGUGUCUCGUUACGCAGGGUAUUGCUCUGAGGCUUGUAUCCAAGAAGAUGAGGAGCAUCAGAGUUCCUGGAUGUGCAGCCAGGUGCGUUCGACUGCAGUGGCAGCCUACUUUAUGCACAAGGCUGGCGGAUGCUGCAGCUUUACGACGCGCUGCUCCGCAGAGGAGUUGCCGGCUUCCAUCUUCGAAGGGGGAUGGCAGGAGUUUGUGAAGUGUACAGAGCUGCAGAGCGCGGAUGGCCAGCCCUUCAGCGACCUUGGAACGACGGCACAGCAGACCAUCAUCGAUGCAUUGUCCUUCCCGAUGAUUGCCAUCGAGGGCUGCAGGCUGGCCGGCCAGAGCUGGGAAAGCCUCCGUCACCUCAAGGUUCACGUGCUGGGAGCCUACGGGUCCACCCUCGCCGACCUUUACAAGUACGAGGAGUGGCUGCGGCGUGGAUGGAACCUCAAGUCCAUGGAGAUCCAUUUCAUCGGGCCUGAGGUGCAAAUCCCCAGCAGCGACGGCGACGUGGUAACGGCUUCGGUGAAGCUGGAUCUCUGCGACAGUCUCACGGCCCAAGAUCGUACAGCCACAUGCUUCUUUCACCGGUGUUCCAUCCUUGAGUUCAUCGAAGAGGAGGUGGCAUCUGGGGCCUCCCCACCAACAUUUCGACUGGCUUAUAGUCCAUCGCUGCAUCGUCUACCCCUUGGAGACGCAUCGGACCAGUGGGGUAAGGCCCUGCAGAGGCUCGCCGACUUAGAUGACACAGUCCUGGUCGUCAGCGAAAAGAAUACCGGAGAGAUCGCCGCGGAUCGCGAUCGUUUGCGAGAGUGCGGCUUUCGGGCCGUGGUGAAACCGCGAAUGUCAAACUUUCCAAGCCCGCUGGCACUUUACGACGACAUGAGCACGCCUGAGGAGAACCCUCUGGGGUUGAACAUCUGGAACAUGUCGCUGGCAGUCUUCAAGGCUUGCAAACCGGGAGACCCCGACACAGAUGCGGGCGAGGACGACAGCGACAGCGAGGCCGAGGAGGAAUCCGCUGACUCGGAUGAGGACCAAAAAGAGUCGAAGGAUGCCCUGCGGAAGUUGACAGAGCAAGCUGAGGCACCGUCAAUCGACGACUUCUCGGUUGGUGACCGUGUGCUGGUGAGAAAGUUCGUGAAAGGAACAGUCACAGGACUGCGAUGUAAUGGCUUUCCACAUGGCGUGCAGGUGCAGCACUCUGAUGGCUCCAGGAAGCAUUAUUUGCCAGAAGAGCUGAUCAAGAUUAAUGCUUCCACUGCCGUCCCAGCGCCCCAGCAGAACGGGCAGCUGGAUCUGGAGGAUGCAAGGUAUGACCUAUGCCUAGACACAGCUGGCCCGUGGAGCUGCGACGGGAAAUCCAUGGAGGACCUGCCUCACACAGACAGCGCAAACCCGGAGUCCUUCGUCGUCUCGCUUUCAGUCCGUUGCGACGGAGGCCAGGGCUUCCGAUCGCCAGUCACCAGCCGCGACACCACCCCUCCGUGCAGUGCCCAGUGGGGCUUGCGGAUUCCAGUCGACAUGUACUUAAGAUGCAGCACGUCCUCUGACAGAUGGAGAAGCUACAUAUCACAAGAGUGUCUUGAGAGUACUUGA